CGAAACUUCUGAUCUUGGACAAACAAAGCAAAUAGAAGAAAAUAAAGGCGAAAUAGUUGGAGUGUUGCCGUACGUUGAUCCUGCACUUUUAAAAGGCGGUAAAUUGACAGAAAUGUCAGAUGUAUACGG